CGCCCAACCUGCGCCACAGGUUGGUGACGGAGGACUCGGGAGUGCUAAGCCAAACCUGGAACGCUCACAGAAGCAGAAGUCAGGUGCACCUGCAGGCAGCAAAAAGAUCGCUCCCGAUCUGCAUCUACAGACGGUCUGCCUUCACCACCAGCACCAGGUAACAAGACACCAUUUGUAUUCUCAUUUCCAUCCUCAUCCUCGUCUGGGACAAUUGGAAUUCAGUGAAUAUAUAUCAAUCACUCGUGUAACACAAGUAUUUAUUUGGCCGUCGCACUACCCUGUAUCUGUACUGUACUGGUUUGCUCACUCUGCAGAUGCGGUGGCGCUUAUUUCACUCCCAUCCGCCCAUCACAAUCUUCUACCUGUAAUUUCCAAUCUCGUUUACUCGCAACCCCCGCAACGUCAUUUGGGCGACGUCGACGUCCUGGUCCUUGAACUCUUCCACAACAACAACAUCAUCGCCAUCGCGAACCAUCAAUUGAAAUCCAUUCAAUUAUGUCGCAAUACCAACAAUACGGCGGCAACCCAUAUAAUGGGGGACCCGGCGCAGAAGCUGGCUAUGGCCAUCAACAGGUACGGACAAUCCCCAUCCUUUGCGCUUCCCGGAAACCUUCUGCGCUCUUCACGACCAAUAUCAGGAAUGGCUUCAAGAAACCUGGCUAACGCGAUAUCUUCCUCCGCAGGGUCAUCUAGCGCAACCAGGUCUCAAUCAUGAGAUGUCCAAUUAUUCCGGGGCCUCCGAAUACUCGCAAACCGGUGUACCUGCGCAUACCUCCCAUGUUCUCAACCAGCCAGAUUUCCUCUCACGAGUCGAUUUUGCCAAGUCCGAGAUUCGCAGCUUAGGAAACAACAUCCAAGAGAUCGCAUCCCUUCACCAACGUUCACUCAGCUCGGCGGAUAGCAACACCUCGGCAAGGUUGGAGAAUCUGGUUACGCAAACACAGUUGAAGAACACGCAGAUCCGCGAUCAAAUCAAGUACCUCGAGGUCGAUGCGCUCAAGACGACCGAUGGCACCAAGAAUGUCAAGACGACGCAGGCGAGGCAGCUGAAGGAGACGUUUCAAAGAGUGCUAAAGGAUUACCAACAAGAGGAACUUGGAUUCAGACAAAGAUAUCGCGAGCAGAUUGCCCGCCAAUAUCGAAUCGUUAAUCCAGAUGCGCCUGAAUCUGAGGUUCAAGAGGCUUCCAACAUGGAUUGGGGCUCAGAAGGUGUAUUCCAAACAGCUGUAAGUUGCCCAUUCACUUCAACUAAUUUUACGACAACAACAUGCUCACAAGUUACUACAGCUCAAGAGUAAUCGCACAGGACAAGCUUCAUCCGUCUUGGGAGCCGUUCGAGCCCGUCACAAUGAACUCCAACGUAUCGAGGCUACCCUCACUGACUUAGCCGACAUGUUCGCCGACAUGGCGGUAAUCGUCGAAGCUCAAGAUCCCGUCAUCCAACAUACCGAGGAAAACGCCAUGCAAACCGCCCAAGACGUCGACAAAGGAAAUGAGCAGAUCGAGCAAGCCAACGCCCACGCUCGACGUCGUAGAAGAAACAAGUGGUGGUGCUUGUUGGUCGUGGUACUCAUCAUUCUGGCUAUCGCUCUUGGUGUUGGAUUGGGUGUUUAUUUCACCAACAAAAAGCCUUAGAUUCCGCACUCACUGUUUUGAUCACGAGCUUUUCUGGCCGGGAAUUGAAUGAUGCCAUGGGUUUGAGAUUGAUUUGGAUGGAGUUAAGGGUACGGUAUAAUAAUAAUUGGAGGCAGCCAGCACUCCUGGGGUUGUUGGUUGUAUUCUUUCUACCUAAUGCAUGAGAACACGAGCAAAAAACAUGGGCUUAGAGAGCUUUUAGAUAUUGCAAUCCUGAGAUUUCAAUACAAUGCACAGGCGAUCUAACA